UGCAAGGAUGAGGAUACACAUCCUUCUUUUUCUUGCUUUUGUACUGGUAGAAGGGAAGGGUGGUGGAGGCAGAGUUGGAGGUGGGAGAGGAGGAAGAGGUGGAGGCAGAUUUAGUGGAAGUUUUCGCAGGUCAAGUGGUAGUAGAGGUGGAGGCAUAUUUGGAGGAAGAGGCUACUCAAGUGGAGGUACUCACAGAUCAAGUGUUACUUGGUUGCGAAGCAGCUCAGGUAACGGUAUUCCCAGUAAUUCAUAUCCAAAGCAAAAAUGGGCCACAAGUGUUCCAGGAGUUGGCCAAAUAAAACCAAGCAUAAGCAGUAGGCCCAGAUAUACACAACCUGGGUAUGGAACAAACUAUGGUACAAGCUUUAGUAAGGAUGACCAGUAUAGACAGAAACCAGGAUUUUCUAAGAAAAUAUUAGGAUUAGGGGUAGCAGCUGGAUUUGUUGGUGGAGCUGCAUUGGGAGCAGGAGGCGCUUUGGCUACAUACAGUGUGUAUCAUAGGUAUCAAGCAUACAGGAAUAUGAUGCAGUCCAAAGGAUUUGAAAGCUAUGAAAGUGAUACUAUUGGGACGGAUACCAAUUACUAUUCCUCCUACUAUGAGAGAAACCAAUGUCUUGGAGGAUGUCCAACAGAUGCUCACUGUGAAUGGGGAUUCUGUGAAUGUAACUCAGGUUUUGAAAAAAAAUAUGGAAAAUGUCAUUCAAAAAGCGCAGAAUAUGAUCCUGUGACUUUUGAUCUAAUGAAUUUUGAUUUUUUCCCUUGUCUGAACACUGCUGUAUGUCAAUCAAUUUAUGACAUUAACAUGAUCUGUGUAGAAAAUGAAAUGUCAGGAACAUGCAAAUGCAAACCAGAUAUGAAGUAUAAUGAAAAAGCUCAAGAAUGUCAAAUUUACAUAAAUGUUAAUUGCACUGCUUUUACAUAUGAGACUCAACCUUCACCAUUGAUUUUAGAUUCUAUAAAAAAUGAAACAAAUCUACAUCCAGUAAACUUCUUAAUAAAUAAUACAAUCCCACAAGAAGUAAACACAACUUUAACUGAAAAGAGUAAAUCCAUUGAUAAUAAUCAAACUGUGCAAAAUACUACUUCUAGGUUGGCAGAUAACUUAACUCCGACUAUUGAGGAAAGUUUGAGUAACAGCCUUCUUUUAAAACUUGAUAAAGAUAGAGCUACUGCAAAUGAUUUAACUGAAGCUUUUUGUCGGGAUGUGGAUUCUUUUAGCUUUGACAUGAAUACAGAAGAUCCCAGAUUAAAAGAUCGCAAACUCCAAAACUGUGAAAAAAUUCCUGAAUCAGCCUGUGGAGUAGCAUAUGAUAGCUCAAGUUGUUCAGGAGGAUGGGGUAUUUAUCUAAAUGAAGGUGGAAUCAAUUUCCCGUAUUUCAGUUCCUACUGGAAAUAUCGGAAUGAUAUUGAUCUUCUUGGAGUUAAAGCUGGAUGUUCCAUAACUGCCUUUUCUAAUACAGAAUUUAUUGGGAAAAGUGAAAUCUUUAGAGCAGAAUCAAUAGACCAGUGGUGGGUACUCAGUGAGCAUUUACAAUACAAACAUUUGGACGAAGAUAUAGAAUCUUUAGUUUGCAUGUGUAUAAAGAACUGAUAGAUAAAAGUAAAACUAUGGAUUUAAACUUUUUCGUUUGAAAUUUUGCUCCAUGUUUUGUUAUUUAUAAAAGUAAAAUUAAUAUUCAAAUCUCAUGAUGAGGCUCUGUCAUUUUUAAUAUGUAAAUAUAUUUACUCUGCCCACA